UAAUUUUUCAAAACAUAACCUAAAAAUAUUGUGUUUAUUUUGUGUGAUUUUUUUUUCAUUUACAUGUUAUUAGUGAAAUUAUUCACGUAAUAUAAGCUAUAUAAAUAAAACAGGAUAAUUUAUAGUCAAACUGUGAUAUAUAUAAAUUGAUAAGAAAUGGCAGAUACUUUGAAACUGCAGCUACUCUUCGGUGGCGGAGCUGAGUUAUUGUUCGACAAAAUUAAAAAGCGAGACAUUGAGCUACCGGCCCUACAGAAGUAUUUUCCCGAUAGCCAGCGAGAGACAUGGACAAUAAAAGACCUGUUAGUUUGGAUCAAAGACAACUUACUGAGAGAGCGACCUGAGUUAUUUCUACAGGGUGACUCGGUGCGGCCGGGUAUUCUGGUGCUGAUCAAUGACGCAGACUGGGAGCUAUUCGGAGAACUAACAUAUGAACUACAGCCAAACGACAAUAUAAUGUUCAUAUCGACGUUGCAUGGUGGUUAGUAAAUUUUGUUAGUAAAUGUA